AUGUCAGGUCUAGCCCCCGUUAACCCAAAACCUUUUUUACAAGAACUCACAGGAAAAACAGUCUAUGUUAAAUUGAAGUGGGGUUUAGAAUAUAGAGGUUAUUUAGUUUCUACGGAUGGUUACAUGAAUCUGCAGCUCGCAAAUACCGAAGAAAUCGAGAAUGGUAAAUCAAACGGAGCAUUAGGAGAAGUUUUCAUCCGAUGUAAUAACGUGUUAUAUAUACGGGAAGCUAAAGAUAAAGCAAGAGGGAUGGAUGAAGACUAG